GGAAACAGACCUAUACACGCCGGAAGAAACAUUCAGCUAUAUACCACAAACAUGUGCUGGUGAUUCUAGUACUCGCUAUUCACGGGAAUUUUGCUGUUUACAGGAUCUUAGCAUGAAGAACUGUUAAGAUGAAGAUCAAGCGACAGAAGCAUGCAAAGAAGAACAUUGCAUUUUAUAAGUACAAUUUUAGUUUUCGAGAACCAUAUCAGGUUCUGGUUGAUGGAACCUUUUGUCAGGCUGCACUGAAAAAUAAAAUACAAAUCAAGGAGCAGCUGCCUAAGUACUUCAUGGGAGAAGUGCAGUUAUGUACUACCAACUGUGUUUUAAAGGAAUUGGACUCUCUGGGAAAGCAACUAUAUGGAGCAAAGGUCAUUGCCAAAAGGUUUCAGGUUCGAAACUGUGAACAUUUGAAAGCUCCCAUUAAUGCUUCAAAAUGCUUGGCUUCAAUGGUUGAAGGAAAUAAUCCUCAUCAUUAUUUCAUUGCUACACAGGUGAUUACUUGGAGGGUCUGGACAAACAACUGGUCAAAUAGAGCAUCACCUUGUGGCCUAGUGCAAGAUUUUCCAAGGAGCAUUAGGCUUUAAGGAUUGCAGAGUUUUGUACAGUCAAGAAAUUGAUGUACUGCAGUUUGAAAAAAUAGCCAUUUUCACAGUAGCAAGUACUUUUCUACAGUUUCUCACACCUCUAUUAAAUACUAAACAUUUAUGCAA